AUGUCUGGUCGCAACAACAAUAAGAGAUCCUCUGAUGACCGUAUUCCGUCGUCGAAGAGAUCGAAGCAGAUGUCGGAAGCUGAUGUUCUCCGUGCUGAGCUCGCUGAGGUGAAGGCGGAAUUGGCUGCUGCGAAGAGGUACGAAGCCGAUGCUCGUCAGUACAGGAUCCAAGCGAUGGCCUCCGUGACCGAGUUGGAGCUCUCCCUGAGCAUUCUCAACGAAGACCACAGAAUCGCUGCUCACGGAUACAAACUGGCCAAUGACACGUUGAAGAGAGAGCGUGCCGCUUUUGCAAAGCAGAAGGAGAAGUACGAGACGGAGCUGGCAGAGCUGAAGAAUAAGUUGGCGGACAAGUCGGAGGUGGCAGUGCUUUCGGACGUGACGGCGGUGCAGAAGAUGAUCGAGGACGAGCGGCAGAAGACCAUGAACUACCGGAACCAGAUGCUCGAGAUGUCGAAAGUGCUGCAGGAGGACAAGCAGUCGAGUGGGAUCGUGAUGCCGUGGAAAGUGUGUGAGAUCUGUGCUUUCGAGUACAGUGCGGAACAAUCGAGGACGCCACGUGUCCUUCAGUGCGGGCACACCGUCUGCGAGGGAUGUGCGGGUCGUUUGGCGAAGGGGACCGAGCUGAAGUGUCCUUUCGAUCGACAAAUCACCACGAUCAAGAGUGUCGAGGAUCUGCCUAAAAACUUUGUUGUCUUGACCAUGUAA